AAAUAGUUCUGAACACUACAGUAGUAAAACAGGAAGCAUACAAUGAGGGAGUAAGGCGGAGAAGCGCAGUGCUAAAGCUGAACCAUCGUCGUCCUUCGCUGCACCCCAAAAAAAAUGCUAACUCAAGCUUCAGCCGGAGCUGUAUCAGCCUCACCUGCAUUUCCGUUUUCAUCCUUCAAUUUCAGAGAUCCUAAAUCUACUCUUCUCAUUCUACUUUCCUUCUCGCUUCUCUCUAUUCUUCUCAUCGUUUCCCUUUCUUCGUCUUCCUCCACUCCUCCCCAUUCUGGACCUGACCCCUCUCUCUUUCCCUCCCACCAAGCCCAACGCAUCGUCUUCGACGAAACCUCCCAAUCUGAUCCCUCCCCUCCCUCCAUAGGUUACCUCAUCUCCGGAUCCCGCGGCGAUUGGAGUCGGGUCCUCCGAUUGCUUUUCGCCACAUACCAUCCCCGUAACCAUUACCUCCUCCACCUCGACCCCUUUGCUCCAUAUGCCGAUCGUGAGAGGCUUGCUCUCGCUGUACAGUCUAACCCCAUAUUUCGAGCUGCCCAAAACGUCGACGUUAUCGGCAAGCCGGAUUUUGUCUAUUCCAAGGGGUCGUCUCCGGUUUCUUUCACGCUCCACGGCGCCUCGAUACUGCUUCGCUUGUCGGUCAAAUGGAAUUGGUUUAUCAGUCUGAGUGCUGAUGCUUAUCCACUCGUUACCCAGCCAGAUCUCCUCCACAUUUUGUCAUUUCUGCCCAAGGAUGUGAAUUUUGUGAACCAUUCAAGUUACAUUGGCUGGAAAGAGUCAAGGAAGCUGAGACCCAUUAUUGUUGAUCCGGGCCUUUAUCUUUCAGAGGGGACCGAAAUGUUUUUUGCUACUCAGAAGAGGGAUUAUCCUGACGCCUUCCGCUUGUUUACAGGAUCACCAUUUUUUAUCUUGAGUCGCAAGUUUAUAGAAUUUUGCGUCUUGGGAGAGGACAACCUCCCAAGGACGCUACUGAUGUAUUUUGCAAACGCCCCUAAAUCACUUUCCAGCUAUUUCCCUACGGUUCUCUGUAAUUCUCGCAGAUUCAGCAGGACUAUUGUAAAUCAGAACUUACUAUAUAAUACUUUUGACAAACCUUUCAUGGAUGAACCCCGGGCGCUAAAUACUAGUGAUUUUAAUGACAUGGUUAGUAGUGGAGCUGCCUUUGCCCGAAAAUUCCUGCCAGAUGAUGCAGUGCUUGAUCUCAUUGAUGAAAAAAUUUUGGGUCGAAGUCCUGAAUCAGUUGUGCCUGGCGGAUGGUGCCUAGGUGAGCCUGGGAACGGGACGUGUUCAGUUUGGGGAGAUGCUGGUAUAUUGAGACCAGGUCCAGGAUCUCGAAGACUUGAGAAAGCAAUUGUUGACCUGCUGUCAAAUGGUACUUUCCGUUCUCCUCUCUGUAAAUUUUGAUGAAGUGACUCUACCACGCAUUCAUAAGAUGCAAUGGAAUAUAAGCCUACCUAAAGAGAAAAGGUACGACGGCUUGGAAGAAUCAACUGAUUGCGUUCUUACUUGUUCCUCUUCGAAAUCUUGUAGCAAGUUACAGUCUGUGCUGGAUAUAAGCUAGGUACGAUUACUAAUUCUUUUAGAGCAGUCAAAUUUUUGCUAAUUCUGGAUGUCAAAUUUAUAUAUGGGGUUGUGCUUUCUCUUGGCGGAUGUUAUUUUGAUUUCACGUGCAAAAAAUGGAUUAAAUACACCAUAGUUGGGUUUCACGCCCAUUUUCAUAUUCAAUUUGUGUCGAGGUCUGUCUUUACCUUUGUGUUCUUUAGAUUGAUGUCUUCCUAAAUCAUGAGAAGUUACCGGAUCAA